GAGGUGGGAGAUUUCCAGGGAUGCUCUCUGGGCUGAGUCCUCCUUUCUCACCUGGCCUGCUCAGACCACCCAGGUGAGCCACCUCUCAGCAUCAGCAUCACCAACGGGGUCUUUCCUAUCCUUGGCAGCUUCACCUAUCAGGGCUGGGGGAGAGCGAGAGGCAGCCACCAGUACUGUCUGAGGUCACAAGGCUUCAGGUUGGACUUGAAUUUCUUGCAUCUAGGCUAAUUGGUAUGGUGAUGCAUCCACCUAUAGAAAUUAUAAAGUGGCUCAUCCAGGAGCCCUGUGUCUGUUGCCAGUGGAAGAAAGCUCUUCUCAGUGGCUUUCAGCAGACUGCCAGCUGGGGCUCAGAAGACCAGCCUCUCCAGCUGUCUCCUGAGCCCAAUACUUCUUGGCCACCAGCAUCCUCUUGCCCUAUGGCAGCUAUCACGGAUCUCUCCUUUAUGUAUCGAUGGUUCAAGAACUGCAAUCUGGUCCGCAACCUCUCAGACAAGUAUGUCUUCAUCACAGGCUGUGACUCGGGCUUCGGGAACCUGCUGGCCAGGCAGCUGGUUGAUCGGGGCAUGCGGGUGCUGGCUGCUUGCUUCACUGAGGAAGGGGCCCAGAAGCUUCAGCAGGAUACCUCUUACCGACUGCAGACCACCCUAUUGGAUGUCACCAAGACUGAGAGUAUAAAGGCAGCGGCCCAGUGGGUGAGGGACCAAGUGGGUGAGCAAGGCCUCUGGGCCCUGGUGAACAAUGCAGGUGUAGGCCUGCCCAGUGGGCCCAAUGAAUGGCUGACGAAGGAGGACUUUGUGAAGGUGAUCGAUGUGAACCUGGUGGGACUGAUCGAAGUGACCCUCCACAUGCUGCCCAUGGUCAAAAAAGCCCGGGGCAGGGUCAUCAACAUGUCCAGCUCUGGUGGUCGCGUGGCUAUCAUCGGUGGUGGCUACUGCGUCUCCAAGUUUGGUGUCGAGGCCUUCUCUGACAGCAUCAGGCGUGAGCUCCACUACUUUGGGGUGAAAGUCAGCAUCAUUGAGCCGGGGAACUAUCGAACAUCCAUCCUGGGCAAGGAAGGCAUGGUGUCCCGCAUGCGAAAGCUGUGGGAGCGGUUGCCUCAGGAGACCCGGGACAGCUACGGGGAGGACUACUUCCACAUCUAUACUGAGAAGUUAAAAAACAUGAUGCAGUUGGCAGAGCCAAGGAUCAGAGAAGUCACCGACAGCAUGGAGCACGCCAUUGUUUCCCGGAGCCCCCGUAUCCGCUACAACCCUGGCCUGGAUGCCAAACUCCUCUACGUGCCAUUGGCUAAAUUGCCCACUCCUGUGACAGAUUUCAUCCUGAGCCGGUACCUUCCCAGGCCAGCAGACAGUGUCUGAGCUGGGGAAGUCCAGGUGGUUAGUGGAGUGUGGAGGAGGGAGGGGUAUGGCAGAAGGAACUGCAGGGUCACAAGAGGUGGUGUUAGGCAAUCGGGGUUCACUUUGCUUGGCUGACACCCACUGCCAGGGAAAUAUUGGAUAACUUCUAGCAGAAGACAAGUGCCUCUUCCCACUCACUGGGGCCCCACAAAAAGCUGCAGGUGCAAAGACCUGAAGCAUGGCCCCAAGAACAUCUGUCACCCAUUAAGGAUAUGGCUUUUUCUGGACCUGGAAAUGUCAAGGGGAGGAAAACAAACUCAUGCGGAAUCAUGAGACUCUCUCAGUUACCACCACUGCGAAAUAUUGCAGGAUAAUCAAGCUCAUGGAAGCAUCUCAACCACUUUCCUAUUGAUCUCUCAAUAUGAAUUAGCUACAUUCCCACAACCCAUUAUUUGAAGUAUGUACUAGGGCAGACAGGGAGUGCAAGAUUAUAUCAGGUAAAAGUUUAUAUUUUCUCUCUAUAUAAAUUUAUCUGUUCAUCGGUGAUUGGGAUUCACAUAAAAUAACAUUCAUUUAUUUAAUCAUCAUUGGUUAAUUUUUCAAAUAUUUAUUGUAUGCCUAUAAGAUACCAGGCACUAUGUAGGUGCCGGAAGGAUGUAGAGAUGAUUAAAUCAUGGUCUUGGUUUUUUAUUGUUUGUUUUGUGGCUUUGUGUUUUAGCACAAUAUCUAGUAGCAGAGAUGGGACAACCAGUGAUAGAAGAAACAGAAACCAGAAAAUAAUUAUUUUUUUUAUAGAGAGUAUGUGACUGUGAAUGGGGAAGAGGCAGAGAGAGAGAAAGAGAGAAUCACAAGAAGCUCCAUGCUCAGCACAGAGCCCAGUGCAGGGCUCUAUCCCACUACCCUGGAAUCAUGACCUGAGCCAAAAUCAAGAGUUGGAUGCUCAACCCACCACCCAGGCGCCCCCAGAAAAUCAAAUUUUUAGAACUAUGAGGAACCUGAGAGGUCAUCUAAUUCAGUAGUUCCCAAACUGUACAUUGUAAUCACCUGGUUAAUUAAAAAUACAGACUCCUGGCCUCAAUGUUAGAAAAUCUGAUUUAGUAGCUUGGGAUGGGGCCCAGAAAUCUGUGUUUGUAACAAGGUAAUGAUUCCAAUGUCUUUGGCACUUGGGAACCACAGCCGGCUCCACAGCAGUAUUGAACACUCAGAAGAAGUGACCUGCCCAAGGCCUCCCAGCAUGGUGGCCAAGACAAAACUCAGGUGUUCAGAUUCCCAAAGUAGAGUUAUAGUUUUGAAGAAUACAUUUUGACAUUAGUUACAUUGUCAAAUAAGCCAUGAAACUAAAUUAAAAAAACAAACAAACACCUUGAACUUCAAAGCAUUUGGGCAGUUCUAUUGAAAAGAUUUCUUUGAUCUUGAGGCAGGGUCAUGUAAUAAAGGUCAAAUGUGAAUUUUUAAAAUUAAAAUGUCUCUUUUAAUUAAUUAUUUAUUUUUUUAAUGUUUAUUUAUUUUUGAGACAGAGACAGA